AAACUAGAUCUUUUUUCGGCGAAUUUGAACAAAGAACAACAAAGAUCGCAGUAAUUCUCUUGUAUUCUGCAAUAAUUCCCUUUUAUUCUCAGGCUGCUUGGUUUCUGGUCCUGUGUUGUGGACUUGGUGGAAGUGUUGGAUUGUUUAAAUUGUAACCGCUAGAGGGAUACAUAUACGCCUUUCAAACUCCGUAAACACCAUCCUAUCACUAUGUGCCACAGAGAGAAUUACCGUCAGUGAGAGUUGCCUACCUGUGUGACUUCCCACUUUGAAAAAAAAAAAAACACACACACACACACACACAUACACACACACACACACACACACAUACACACACACACAGCCCCGGAACAUUUGAAACAUGAGUUGUUCUUUAAAAGACUUAGAGAGAAACUGCCUCUAAAGCGGACGGCGAGCUCCGACUCCUCCAAGUAUAUCUGCUCCAGGCAAUCAAUGAGGACCGCGAUGCUUACUUCUGCAGCUCUCUGUCCCUCUUUCUCUCAUUCGCCUUAGCAGAUAUUAUAGUGCAUUUCAACUUUUGUACAGGCACACAGGCAAAGGGAAGUUUGGAUUUGAUUUUUUUUUUUUUGAUCACAUUUUACCUCUUGUUUCCUGUAAUAAAUAUGAGAGGUCGGUUUGUUGUCACUUUUCUUUGGAAUUUAACAUGUGCCAUUUCUUAUGCUGUUUUACGGGUAGGAUAAGGAAACAACAAAAAGGUGUGACAAGAGCUUGGCGGACAACUGUGGAUUUCUGCGAGUAACUCCUACCGUCCAAAGGGGAUGAGGGGGGCAUCGGCCGGACCCCCCUCUUGAUUGAUUACUUAUUAGUCAUCCCUUUGGCUAAAUGGGACCCAUUGAAAAGGCACCGUGGAACACAUACAUGAAUGAAUUAUUCUUGUGUCCCCUGAAUGUCUCCAGAGUAGUUUUGCUUAAGAGAGGGGGUCGUGGCUUAGCAUUAUAAAGAGGGAAAAACAGCAUAGCUUUAUGGGUUUAUUUAGACAGUUUCUACGGUUUGACAAUCUACCGCUGUAAAAAAGAGAGAAGGAAAAACUCGAGAAGAUUCCAAAGAGGAGAACAUUGUGGACAUACAUUUUUUUCUAGUUAUUCCGUUGUUUCUUUUUUAUUUUAUUUUUUAUUUUUUUCUUAUUUUAAAUAUUUUUUUGCCAUUUCCUCUCCCGAAAAAUGAAACUUUGGACAUCUCCCUGGGUGUCUUGCCUGGUGAUUCUCAUCUUGUGUUUUGGAUCAGAGUGCGGGACAGUCAGAAAGGGGAGAUCCAAGAGGGAGUUGGUGCGCAUUAGGGAGGCGAAAGCCACCAUCCCAGGGGCUUGUGCCACACGUCUGCCCCGGGGCAAACGGUCUUUGCCCGGCUUGGAGCGACGGGUGCCUCGCCAGCGUCGGCGCUCCUCUCAAGCGGAGGAAAACUCUCCAGGCCGGGGGAAAGCUGUCUAUUUUACCGGCAGGGGAGACCAGCUACGGCUGAAGCCCGGCGUGGAGAUACCCAGAGGGAAUUUCACUCUGGAGAUGUGGAUCAAACCGGAGGGAGGUCAACGAUCACCCACAGUGAUUGCAGGCCUAUACGACAAAUGUUUCUACGCAUCCAGUGACCGAGGCUGGCUGCUUGGCAUCCAGGCGGUUAGUGAACACGGGAAUCGUGACCCCCGUUUUUUCUUCUCCCUUAAAACUGACCGUGCCCACAAAGUGACCUCCAUCAACUCCAACAGUCGCUACGUACCUAACCAAUGGGCACAUGUGGCAAUUACAUAUGAUGGCGUGUACAUGAAGCUCUUUGUCAAUGGAGCCCAAGUGGGCGUCAGUCGGGAGCAAUCGGGCGAUGUCUUCAGCCAUUUGACCAAAAAGUGCAAAGUGCUGAUGAUUGGGGGGAAUGCACUGAAUCAUAAUUACAGGGGGGCAGUGGAAAGGGUGGGUCUAUGGAGGAAUGCCCGAGGGCAGAGGCAGAUUAUCAGGGAUAUGCAGGGCCACGAGGACCCCCAAGAUCUACCUCAGCUGGUUAUUCGUGAAACAUUCGAGCACCCAGGCCGAAAGUGGCUGACUGUAAAAGAUGGUAGCUUUCCUCAGCCUGAGAAGGGAGGAGGUGGACGAUUAGGGGUUGUGGGUGGUGGUGGAAUUGGAAAUUCAGAGGGAUUAUUGGACACAACGUUAGAGCCUCCAACUUGUGGUCAAACUGUCUGUGACAAUGUUGAGGUCAUCAAAAACUACAACCACCUUUGGAGCUUCCGUCGACCCAAGAAAGUACGAUAUCGUGUCAUAAAUAUUUGGGACGAUGCACGGAUGAGGCCAACGGUAUCAGACCACCAGAUCAGCCUGCAGCACCAGCAGCUAAACGAUGCCUUUGGCCCCUACAACAUCACCUGGGAGCUUAGCAUUCACAAUGUGACCAAUUCCUCCCUUCGAAACCGUUUGAUUCUAGCUAACUGUGAUAUCAGCAAAGUUGGCGAUGAUGCAUGUGACCCAGAAUGCAACCACCCACUGACAGGGUUUGAUGCAGGUGACUGCAUGUCAGGUCAUCGGAGCCGUUGCCCCGAGAUCAAGCAGGGGAAUGGUGUUUGUGACCCUGAAUGUAACUGGGAAAACUUCUUUUAUGAUCUUGGCGACUGCUGUAACCCUAAUGUGACGGAUGUGACCAAGACAUGCUUCAACCGCUCUUCUACACACAAAGCCUAUUUGGAUGUGAAAGAGCUGAAAGAGAUUCUGCAUUUGGAUGGCUCAACUCACCUGAAUGUCUUCUUUGCCAAUUCUUCUGAUGAAGAUCUGGCGGGGGUCGCCACUUGGCCCUGGGACAAAGAGGCCCUCACACAUUUGGGUGGCAUUGUGCUGAACCCUUCCUUUUAUGGUACAUUUGGUCACACUGAUACAAUGGUCCACGAGAUCGGUCACAGUCUUGGGCUUUACCACGUGUUUCGAGGUAUAUCAGAGAUCGAGUCAUGUAACGAUGCAUGUUUGGAGACUGAACCCUCAAUGGAGACUGGGGAUCUGUGCGAAGACACCAACCCCACUCCCAAAUACAAAGGCUGCCACGAUCCUGAACCGGGCAACGAAACCUGUGGCUGUCGGCAUUUCACACACACGCCGUUUAACAACUACAUGAGUUAUGCAGACGAUGCCUGUACAGACUCCUUCACACUGAACCAGGUGGCAAGGAUGCACUGCUACCUGGACCUCAUCUACCAGACCUGGCAACCCGCCUCCAAACCUCCACCAGUGCCAAUGGCACCCCAAGUGGUUGAGCAGCAUCAUAAUUCCAUCACCCUGGAAUGGUUUCCACCGAUUUCUGGACACUUUUACGACAGAGAAGUGGGAUCAGUGUGUGAUAAAUGCACUGAGGGGAGAGUUCUACUGCAGUACGCCUCCAAUUCCUCCUCUCCACGACCGUGUGCUCCUUCUGGACACUGGUCCCCACGAGAGGCUGAAGGCCCUCCAGAUGUGGAGCAGGCUUGUGAGCCAAGUGUGCGCACCUGGAGCCCCAAUGCAGGGAUUGAGCAAGGAGUUGUCGGCCUGUCGGAGUGCCCUCUCCAGGGCUGCAUGCUUCAGCUAGAGUUCCCCUACCCGCUGGUACCAGACUCCCUGACUGUGUGGGUCACCUUCUUCAGCCUUGAUGAAACAGCACUGCCAGCCAUCCAUAACAUCUUGCUACUGACUGUCAGUGGCAACGACAUUUCAUUGGGCCCCAGUAAUGUCUUCUGUGACACACCACUGACUCUGAAGCUGGACAUAGAAGAAGAGGUGUAUGGGGUACAGUUUUUCACUAUGGAGCAACACCUAGAGAUUGACGCCACUCUCUUGGCAUCCCGGGCCGACUGCAAACUUUGUAGGCAUUGCCAACCAUUACGCUACCACCUGUUGCGCGAACCACACUUCAGCCAUGCACCCCAUGGUCUUAUGCUGAAUGAACCUACCCGACGAUAUACAGACAGGGAUGUGGCGCCACAUGUUGUGUACACCUACCGAGUCCAAACCAUUUCCACCCGGAGUGAGAGUGAGCCCUCCCCACCUCUGGUGCAUGAACUAGGAGCACAUUACUGUGGGGAUGGACGCAUCCAGAGUUCCAAAGGAGAAGAAUGUGAUGAUAUGAACUCUGUGAAUGGGGAUGGCUGCUCCAGUCAGUGCAAGAAAGAGCCCUUCUUCAACUGUAUUGAGGAGCCAAGCAUGUGUUACUACUAUGAUGGUGAUGGAGUGUGCGAGGACUUUGAGCGAGAGACGGGUGUGAGAGAUUGUGGCCUCUACACCCCCAGUGGUUUCCUUGACCAGUGGGCCUCCUCUGUUGAAGUUUCCCAUGAGGCCAAGCCCUACUGCUCCGGUGAGGUGGCUGCUGGAUACCCUGCUGUUACUAAGACAUGUCAGUCCAAGGUGUUUGAUCUAUCAGAUGGCGUGUCCCAGUAUGCAUGGUUCCCCUGUCGUGAGGCCCAUUUGGCACCAGCAGCGUAUCCUAACUAUGUGCUCACGGCCUUCUUUUCUCAUCCCAUGGUGGCAGCAGCAGCCAUUAUACAUCUCGCAGCUGAUGGGACUACUUACAUUGACCAGACUCAGUGUAACAUCACUGUUCAGCUGGUGGAUACCAAGGAGGCCAUCCAUAGUCUUGGUGAAUGGCGUCUCAGCUGCCGCACCAACCCUUUGGUGAUCCCAGUAAGCCACGACCUGUCAGUGGCCUUCUACCACACCAAGGCAAUUAUGGUCAUGUUCACCUCAUGCAUCGUGGCCAUCUCCGGUAUAGGCCUGCGCUCCUUCCAGUCCUUCGACCCCAUCACGAUAAGUGGUUGCCAGAGCAAUGAGAUCUACAACCCCACAGGCCAGAGUUGUGUACAUUAUUCGUGCGAAGCCAUUGACUGCCAGGAACCAUUAAUCCGCAAUGCAGAGCUCAAGUGCAGUAGCCCUGGCCGCCACUUCUACAAUGGAGACCGCUGCACCAUCUACUGCAACUCUGGAUACGUCCUGCAAAUCCACCAGGAUGAUGACAUCAUCAAGAGCCAGUCGGACUCUUCAGUGACUAUAACCUGUGCAAAUGGGAAAUGGAACAGACAGGUGUCAUGUGAGCCUGUGGACUGUGGUCUGCCAGACAAAUACCAUGUUCAUCCUGCCCAUUUCACAUUCCCAGAGGGCACUACCUACGGCAAGAAAAGCACCUUUCAGUGUCGAGAGCCUGCCCAGCUCGUAGGUACAAACAAUACUCUCACUUGCCUAGAAGACGGUCUGUGGUCCUUCCCGGAGGCUCUUUGUGAACUCCGCUGCCCUGCCCCUCCCCCCGUCCCCAAUGCUGUACUGCAGACCAAGCGCUGCAAUGAGACAGGCCUCAAAGUGGGAACCUUCUGCAAAUACAAGUGCAAACCAGGCUACCAUGUGACCAACAAACCUAAAAGGCGUGCUUUUAAGCGGCAGUGCACAGAGGAUGGCAGCUGGCUAGAGGGGGCAUGCGAGCCAGUGACUUGUGAUCCACCGCCUCCCAUCUUCCACGGCUCCUAUCACUGUACUGAUGGCUUCCGCUUUGACAGCGUCUGCAGACUCAACUGCACUGAUCCUGCCGGUAAUACAGCUCACGCCGCCACAGGAGGCUCUGCCCAUACGGUGAGGCUGCUGCACGCUCCAUGCAAGCAGGGGGCAGCGUCCAAUGUGAUCCGCUGUAAGAAGGAUGGGAACUGGACAGGGUCGUUUCGCCUAUGCCCACACAGCAAGGGCCAGUGUUCUUUACCUCAAAACCUCCAAUUUAGCCUGCAGUACUCAUGCAAGCGAGGAUAUGGCAUAGGUGAGGAGUGUGAGCUGACGUGCAGGGAGAGUAACAACGACGUGGUGAUCCUCCCUAGCAACAUGACAGUUGAAAGUGUACUUAAAGAGCACUGGAGGAACCCGCACAAAGUCAAGAGUAUAGUCUGUACAAUGGGACUGAAAUGGUAUCCACAUCCAGAAUUGCUCCACUGCCUCAAAGGAUGUGAGCCUUUCAUGGGAGACAACUACUGUGAUGCGGUCAACAACAGAGCCUUCUGUAACUACGAUGGGGGAGACUGUUGCCAAUCCACUGUCAAGACUAAGAAGGUGAUUCCAUUCCCCAUGUCCUGUGACAUACGGGAUGAGUGCUCCUGUCGGGAUCCCAAUGCUAUAGAGAACAGAAAGGAUGAAAAUGUCCAUUCCCUGGGGUGACCAACAUGAGCAGGGACUUCUGUUCAACGUCCCAGGACCCUUGCUCCAACACAACACAGCCAGAGUGGCCGAGGCAGACCCCUCCUUCAUCCUCCUCUCGGUCUCCAAUUUCCUGCACAUGCUGCUUAACAGGCAUACCUCUCCAUCCAUACUGCAACCCCAACCAGCUGAAAUGCCUCCGCCUCCACAUCACAGAAAGAUCUAGAAUAGAGGCUGGGACUCAUGAGACUCCACAGAAAACUUCAUUUCUCAGCUAAAAGGAAAGUAACCAUGCAAUAUCAUCAUUAAAAAAAAACAUAUAUAGCAAGGAGAAAAAAAAUUACAUGAAACAAGACUUUUUUUUUUGAAAGAAUGCAAAAACAAACAAAAAAAACCUAAACUAACAUAAUCAAGCAUAGGUAGCAUGCCUUUUGUUCAGUUUUGUGCUGGCUUCAGUGUCUAUUUUAGUGACCUUGCUCUACAGUCACAUGAUUGAACCAAAGGUAAAUCAAAAUGUGCAAGUGGGGGAUUGUGUUGAUGUUGGCUCUGUGUUUUGCAAAUAUGAAGGAAAUCAAGACACAUGUUAAAAAUAAUCCUCAGACACUUUGAAGGCGUGUCACACACCUUUUUUUUUUUUGGAGGGCCUAGAAGUUUGUGCUUAUAUCAUUCCUGGUUUCAAACUGGUCAGACAUUCUGUAUCUCUAUGUCCUUUUCUGUAAAGUGUGUUUCUUUAUAGGCACAUCAGAGGCUAUAGAGGUUAUUCCUAGCUUGGUGGGGAAUGAGACAGCCAUAUUGUUAAGUUUCAAGCCACAAAAGCCAAAAUAAAAUGCACAAACACACACAAAAAUAUCAGAUAAUUGUUGACCAACCACAGACAUAAUUUCCUAAGACAAUUUUAUACUUAGAGCAAAAUCCUGAAUGCAUAAUUAAAACAUUUUUAGCAUGGCUUCUGCUACUGUGUUUGCUGCUACUUGCCAUCUUCACAUCAUAAUAUCUAAUAGGGUUAGACAGCUUUGUCUGCCUUGCUGCUUACAGUACCUCUUUAUAGCAUUCAUUCACGCCUGCAUGUUAGUCCAUAAUACCUUCAGAGAAUAUUGACAGCACCACAUAUGAAAUGCACUAAGAACUUUAAGAAAAACCCAGAACCUCACUUGUUAUUCCCAUUUAACUUAACUGGCCAAGAAAAAUACGACAUUGACCACGACUUAAAGAAUGUCAUCGAUAACACCCCACCUCGGGUUGGGGUGAUAUUAGUUUCAGUUUGAACUUCUCCCUCAUGGUGCUUGAUAAGAACUUUGUUACCUCAAGCGCUUAAAACAGUUUAAACUGAAACUAAAAUGAUCCCGGCCUUGUUCAGAAUGUAGUCAAUGCUUGUCAGGAGUCUGUGGCUUUUUUCGAUCGCACAGUUCUGCAUAGCACAGUCACACAAGAGUAUAGAAAUAAAGGGCUGGAUAUAGGCCUUGGCUUUUAGUGAGAGUGAGUAUAGAUGGAAAGAGACCACAUCUGAUGCACACAGACAUGAACGAAUGAACGCAUACACACAUAUCUCUCACUCUGUCCCCUCCGUGUUGUAUUGGACACUCAGCUGUAGUUCUGUCUCAGUGUGAUCAAAGGUUUCAAAGAUUCUGUACUGGGUCUUGUGUUUAAGUAAUUAAUUUAAACGUUUGUCUCUGCAGUAAAAAGUGCACUUGGUUGUUCUGAUCAGCACUUUUCAGUAUUGUGAACGGGUGUCCGUCCCCCACCAAUUAACGUCUUUAGAUUAUAUAGCUGCUACAAUAGCUUUGUAUUUUGUUACUCUUCAUUCCAGACACAUAUAUACUAGUUCUUUCUCAUGCACAUUGGAUAAUGGAGGCUGCUUGGCUUAUUGGUCCAAAUUUUGCUGCUCUUAUUUGGCUGCAACUAUAGUCAUGGUUACAAUCAGCAUGAUUAUGCUUUUUCAUUUCAUUUUGGGCCAAUGGCACAGUCCCUCUGACUUAUAUUAGGCUGCUAUAGCAUUCCAGAUCAUUCUCAUAAAUCAUUGUACUCAACAAACUGUACAAGUGGCAAGGCCAAUUCCAUGUCAUUUUAAAACCAAUGUUAGCGAAGAACCAAGACAAUACCACAACAUGCAGAGACCGUGAGAAGGUAUUAUUUUCCACCAAAUACAAAGAAAGAAAAUCAAAAAUAUCAUGUAAAUAUGUUCUUGAUAGACAGGAGCAUUGGAAAAUGUUUUUAGGUUUUUUGUUUUCAUGUAUUUCAUUUUUACAAAAUGUCAUAUUUAAUCAGUGUUUGUAUUAUUGACCUCAGUUACUGCACUUUUUAGUUUCCAUGUAAGAAGAAAAAGUAUAUCUUUCAAAAAUGUUUAGAAGCUGCUAUUGUCAGAAUGGUGAUCUGAAACAAACUGUAUAAUAUUCAGUCGUUUGACUCCCUGUGUUGCUAUUAGCUUUCCUGUCAGUCAUUUUAUUUGUAUUUGGCCGUAGAUACUCCUCUCCAACCUAAACUGACUUUGCAUUCAAUGUUAUCAAUGAUGUAGGGAGGUAUUGUCACUAUGAACCAUAUGUCCAUCCAUCAUCCAUACAGGCUUUACACACCCCUGCAAAACAGGGUUCACAUCAAGAAAAUAUGUUUAGAUAUAUUGUCAUGUAUUUAAGGUGUUUUACCCUGAUGUGUGUAACACAUCAUCUUAGGUUAGAGGUGUAAAUUUUGGCAGAGAAACCAAGAGAUGUCAAAGGGGAAGGACGAGCUUAAAUGAAGGAAUUCCCAUUAAAAGGGGACUUUUGAGAGACUUUGUAACUUUUAUGAAACAUGAAACUUUGUAAGAACGUUGUUAAGGCUACAUCAUCGUCGAAGAUUGCAUUUAACACUUUAUAUGAAAAAAAUAUAUAGCCCUGGUUAAAAAAAAAAAAAAAAAAAAAAAAAAAAAAAAGACUUGUAUUAUGUUGCUAUUGUCAAAUUAUAUGUAAUGUUAGUACUCCAGAUACUGCUGCUUUACAUAGAACUGUUAUCAGUUGGAAGAUACUGACCUGCAAUCACUACACUAUGCCAACGACAUGCAGUACUGUGGUUCAUCAUCUGCCAUUGAGGUCACUGGAAAGCCAUUCUAGUCAUUUGAAUGGAUGAAUCCGACAUCUGUCAUUGGAUCCUUCCCUUCAUUCUAUAAACUGAGUUAACAUAACCUGUCAUUGCUUCAACAUACUUUGAACUAACUAACUUAGAGAUAUCCUCCUCAAACAACUCAGUUAAUGUCUGGAUACCAAAAUAACUGAUCUAUCAAAAAAAGGCUACAGAAUGUGACAGCACGUCAACUUGAAAAAUUAUAUUCUUAAUAUUGGAGAAGGUACCCAUAAGCCAUAGCCAACAAAGAUAUUCAUGGAAGAAAGUAUAAGAUUACGCAUUGGAUGAGGACAUCACCUCUCUACUGUAGUCAUCACAGGAUCCCUUGCUGUACCUCAUGCCUGUAAUGUUUGCUGCUUCUAUAUUUUUGGUAUUUUAGUGACAUUUUUGCGUCUCAUAACAAUGGUGUAAAUAGUAGAACUAUUUAUUGAGAGUGUUAUACUUUUUUAAGUUAUAUUUAAUGUCCAUGUAAGUUAUUUUUUACAUUGUUCUUAUAAACAAAAGCAUUAUAGGUUGUGAGUCAAAACUGUCAUUUUGUCUCUGUCAUCACACUCUGAUGUGAUCAUUGCUCAAGCAUUGAUCAGACAUACAGUACACGUCAGGCCCACAACCACACAAUAAUCUGUCUCAUUGGUCAUUAAGUGUAGAUGGACACUGCUUGCAUCCAAUGAGGAUCCACCACAUUUUCACAUGUUAUUGAGUGCAGUGUAUCUUUUUUUUCCUCCUUUUAAAACCAGAAUGUAAAGUUUAUUUGUUUUGUUUUUUUUGUUUGUUUUCUGUUUUUCUAAUGCUCACAUUAGCCAUAUGUACAAGAUGUUGUGAAAAGAAAACCAAGUAUAUAUUGGUCAAGUACAUCCAUAAUAUAGCAAAUAAUGUUUUGAGAGACCAGUGUAAGGCACACAGAAUAUAUGUACACAGCCAGCUGAGGGCAGGAGAAAAUGGGCAAGUGGCAAAGAGAGGGACAAAAAAAAAAAAAAGAAGGAAAAGAAGGACUGGAGGUCAGAAGGCAGCUGAUGGUGUCCCAGAUAGAAUGUUCUUGGAUGGGGAGGGGGGAGGGAGUAGAAGGUGGGCAGGGAGAGAGGUAGGGAUGGGUGGGCUGCUUUUCCUGGCCUGUGUCGCUAUUUGUCCAGGUGUGAAAAUGUGUACACACAGAGGCUGCCCCUGGGCCAGGGGUGGCCAGCACUGACUGGCAACAAGCCGAGGCCAAUGAGUCAGACUUUCUCCUGGGGGUGGCAGCCAUCCCUCUCUGGGACUCCCACCACCCCCUCCCUCAACCCUCCCACCUCCACCUCCCCACUCUUCGACACACUGCCUCAUCUGUCACUGUCAGGUAUGCCUGUGCGGGGCUGCCAGGGUCAAGCUGGCCCUGUGAAAAUGAGAGAGGAUGUUUGCCCAGCUUACAGAGCCUUUUGAAGUUAGGCUGAAGGAACACAGUUCUCCUCACCUAGAGCCUAUGCUUAUCACAUAAUAUGAUUUGUAUAGCAGUCUUUUUUUUGACAGGCUUUGAUACCUCUCCACAUUUUCCACCAACAGUCGCUCCUUUGUUUCCAAUUUAACACCUAGUUGUUGUAUUGCUUGUCUAAAAAUGGCAAAAAAAAAAAACUUUGUAGUGUCAUUACAAGGCGAUGGGGAUUGUAAGAAAGAGUGUCUGAAGCCCUAAUAUUUUUUGCUCAGAUCAUUGUGGAGAAAAAUACUGAUGUGCCAUCUUGUUGUAAGACAUUUUCUUUGUGUAUUGUAACACAUGAAGUACCUCUCACAGGCCUCUGGUUAUAGAAUGGUCCACUUAUCUCUGUUUCCUAAUCCCUCAAUGAAUAAAAAAAGGUGAAUUGUCCUUUUUCUAAGUGGGAAGUACAAAAAAAAGUGUAUUUACAUAUUAUAUGAAUAUCUAGUGGUAUUACUGCAAUGUUUCGUACCCGAUUGCUCAACAAAUAUAUUUUAAGAUGUAAAUAAUAAUAUUAUAUGAUGAUUGUAUUUGCAAACCAUGUACUAACUGUUUGGGAGUAGCUCUUGGAUUGAUUUUUAUCAUAACUAUUAUACAAAGAGAUGAACCGUGAAUAUAUUGUGCAUUGUGUCAAAGUAUCACCUGCAAGAAAGAAAAAGAAAAAAAAAAAAAAGACCUGUGAUGCUUUACCACACCACUCGCUGUCAGCAUUUAUUUGUUCAUAAUGGCUUAGUACAAGCACUGUUGUCAGUUGUCUAAACCAUGAAUUUAUCCAUUGAGUCAUAAAUUAUUUAUUUGUUGUCAAAAUUAAUAAAAUCAUAAUGGUCAUUUCUGGGUCUUAGGAGUCUGUUGACUGAAAUUGAUCCUCAUAAUCAAACUUGACUGAUCUUUGCAAUGCAUUGAGAAAGUUAAUUCAAAAUUUGUCUGUUGACUGGCACCAACCAGCAGGUUUCAUUUUUUCCUCACUCCAUACUGUUUAUUUGUUGAGUCUUAUCCAAACCCAAUGCCUUUGUGGUUGCUGAGAAUUUCACCAACACUGUAAAGGUAGCCAUCAGACUCAAUAGUCCCUCCCUCCUUCUGAUGGCCUCCUCUCUCUUUGGUUCUUACACAGUAUGCACUUUUUCAGGCACAUAUACAACAGAUUGGACUUUUGUGUUUCAGUUGAUGUUUCUCUCUGUUUUCACAGUUGCAAUUAUAUAUAUUUUGGUGCUCUGGUACAUGGCAAAACAUGUCUGAUGUGUACUAUAUUUUCAUAAGGAAGAGUCAUAAAGAUGAGUAUCAUGUUCAUUUUGCUGUCAUUUAUUGUGUAGAAAUAAAACACUGGUUAAAG